GCUGAGUGCAAGCUGCGCGUCACACUGAAAACCCAGCUGAGGAAACGGCUGCUCGUGAAGCGUGUGCGCGUCAACCUGAUGUGAACCGCCGUCGAUCAAUUAUAUGGAUAACAAUCGCAGGCGGUCAUGGAGUUACUGGUUCGGUACCUGGACAGGAGUAACUCGGUGAGCUCCGACUCCACCCAAGACGUCAUCAAGGAGGAGAACCUGAGGGAUGACCUGAGGUACUACUUCAUGAGCCCGUGUGAGAAGUACAGGGCCCGGCGACACAAGCCCUGGAAGAUGGGAGUGCAGAUCCUCAAGAUUGUCAUGAUCACCACACAGCUCAUCUUGUUCGGCCUCAACAACCAGCUGGUGGUGUCCUACAAGGAGGAGACCACCAUGGCCCUCAAGCACCUCUUCCUGAAGGGCUACAGCGGCGUGGACGAGGACGACUACUGCGUGGCCGUCUACACGCAGCGCGCCGUGUACGACGGCCUGUUCUACGCGCUGGACCAGUACAGCCAGCUGGGGCGGCUCUCCGUGGGUCCCAUCGCCUACACGGAGGACGAGGACGGCCGGCUGCUGCCCCUGGUGGUCUGCAAGGAGUACUACAAGAAGGGCAGCGCCGACCCGUCCGACCGGGCCUAUGACAUAGACGCCCAGAUAGAGACAGUUUGCAUGUCGCAGGACCCCAGGACCGCGACGUUGUGGAGGACCCACAACUCCUCCUUCUUCGAGUUGGACUUCUACAGGCUCGUCGGCAUCAAAAUGAGCUUCCAGCUGAAGGGGAUCAACCUGCAGACGGUGCGGUCGCGGGAGUUGCCCGACUGCUACGCCUUCUUUGUCACCAUAACGUUCGACAACCAGUGUCACAGUGGGAAGGUGAAAAUAUUCCUGCACAUUGACGCCGAGAGCAGCGCCUGCAAAGACUGGAGGAUUUCUGGGACCGCUGAGAAGAACACGCACUAUCUCCUGGUGUUUGACGGCUUCGUCAUCCUCGUCUGCCUCACGUCAGCCGUGCUGUGCAGCCGCUCCAUCGUCCUGGCUGUGAGGCUGCUUCAGCGAUUCUCCCGGUUCUUGCACGAGAACUACAACCGUAAGGUGUGCGAGGACGACCAGAGGGAGUUCCUGAACGGCUGGUAUCUGCUGGUAAUAGUCAGUGACCUCUUGGCGAUAAUUGGAUCCAUACUGAAGAUGGAAAUACAGGCCAAGAGUCUCACUAGCUACGAUGUCUGCAGCAUCUUCCUGGGCACGUCCACGUUAAUGGUGUGGGUCGGCGUCAUCCGCUACCUGGGAUACUUCCAGAAAUACAACGUUCUGAUUUUGACCAUGAAAGCAGCCUUCCCCAAGGUCCUGCGCUUCUGCUGCUGUGCCGGCAUGAUCUACCUGGGCUACACCUUCUGUGGGUGGAUCGUACUGGGCCCGUACCACGAGAAGUUCGAAGGCUUGAGUCGCGUGGCCGAGUGUCUGUUCUCGCUGCUGAACGGCGACGACAUGUUCACCACCUUCGCUCAGCUGAAGGACACCAACACGCUGGUGUGGCUCUUCAGCCGCGCGUACCUCUACUCCUUCAUCUCCCUCUUCAUCUACAUGGUGCUGUCGCUCUUCAUCGCCCUCAUCACGGACGCCUACGAGACCAUCAAGAACUACCAGAAGAACGGCUUCCCUCUGACCGACCUGCAGAAGUUCCUCAAAGAACACAAAGACCUCCCUGCCGCCGAAGAGACCGGCCAGACGGACGUUCACAUCAGCGACACCAUGAUGUGCUGCUUCCAACGGAUUCCAGCAAGUGAUGACAUCAUACUGAUCAGCUGACAACUGCUCCACCUCUAGAUGAGACCUGUCAAGUUGGAUGAGGAUGCUGGGAAAGCCGCGCUUCACACGUUUGAGUCUGAUUUUUUACUGGGGCGAAAAUACUCCUGGCACUUGUAGAGAUUCCUCAGCGUGAGUAAGAUAUGUGCAAAUGCAGUAUCGAUCCCCAGAUUAGUUCAUAACUAACACGAACCUGGAGCUAGAGCUCAGGAUGGAAACAGAGACUAAAACAAUAGCAGCCCCCCCCCCCCCCCCCCCCCCCCCAUUCAAGUUUACUGGGCUACUGCUGGAUCUAGGUUUGUUGCCAAAGAGUUGUAUUUGAUGUUCUAUUGCACUUUAAUGUUGUUGCAAAUAUGAAGAAUGUGUUAAAUAAAUACUGCUAAAUGUCACUGGUUUCUACUGUUGUGUAGUAAAGAUUGCAGUAAAGCUGAUAUUUAAAGCUGAUUGAAUUAUUUACAUUUUCAGUGUCAGUUUUGUACCAGCUUUGUGUAACUAUAUUAAAAAUACUGAUAUCACA